AUGAACCAGCGCCACCACGAAGCCGAAUACCUCGAUGAGGUAGAGCCCAUUGGUGCCGGCUCUUCUGGUACAGUUUGGGCUCCUCGCGGAGGGGAACCUGCCUUCAAGCAAGAGCACCGUGGACGAGAGGGUUCACUUGAGAAUGAUUUCAAAAUGCACGAGCAGGUCAUCAGAACUCUUCACAUCCUGAGAAAAAUGAAGGCCCUCAAUUUCGAGGACGAUCAAUCUCCACAGGUCCAAAUCUCGGAAUGCCACCGCUUUAUCAGGCCCACCGACGAUGAGUGGUGGAAAGCAAACCUCAAGAUGUUUCCCAAUGGAUUCCUCCCGUGCAACUUGAUCAGGUCAGAGCGAAUCUUCCCUUUCGCAGAUGCAACCAAGUAUCUUCUUGUGAAGAACUAUUGCCCACCCGGGAUCACCGAGUUUCACAUGAUGACCAACAAACAGGACAAGGACUGCCUCAUUCGCCCUUAUCUCGGCAGUCGAUCCCAAAGGCCCUCCGUGAACCCACAUGAGUACAGAUUCACUCUAAGAAACUUCCCGCUUCAUCAGGAUCAGAUGGAGGAGAUUGGUAUCCCAAUGGCAGGCAUGAAGGCAUACGCCGCCAUCAUGGGCGAGACACUUGCUGCCAUGCACUGGAUUGGUGAAGUCGAUGGCCGCGACAUCGAAUUCGUCCUCGCGCCCGCCGAAUGCAAGGAGUUCAAAGAAACAGAUAUCAUUACGAACAUCCUCGGUGAGCAUUGCAUGUGGGUUCUGGACUUUGAUCUGUGCCAAGACACUACCAUGGACAUCCAGGGUGUUCACCAAGCCGUCAACGCGUAUUGGUGGAGUGAACCAUUCAUGCCUCGCCCGGAAUCCAACUCGCCAUUAUGGAAGGUAUUUCGAGACCAGUAUCUGAAGACCAGCCAGAACGCACGGAUCUUUGGUCCUGGAAGGGAGGGAUUCUCGCGAUUCGAAUUGGCCGCGAUGUUCAUUCAUCUGGUGGAGGUGGAAGGUGUCCGGCGUGUCGAGAGAGCCACAUCGAACGGGUAA